UUUCCUGCACAGUGUGCUUUUGUUGCUGAUUCCUUAAACUCGUUCGCGUUGCUGCUGGUCGCGUGUGAAAAAAAAUAUAAUCCAGAGAAUAUAACCCGCAUAAAAUAAUAUAAAACGCAGAGUGUAAUCUCUAAUAAUGACCAAUAUGCGCUAAAAUAACGAAACUUUUCGAAGGACCCAAAAUAUAUUAAUUCACUCCCGCGCUUUGGAUCUCAACAUCAGUAACUCACCUGAACGCCUAACGCAGACUUAUUACAAUUGCCAAAUUUUCAAACCGUCGCUUUAAAAUCGUCCAAAAACUCAACCAAAAUCGACAAAGUAUACAAAAAUAUUGCACCACCGACAAAGUUCUACACAUUUUUCCGGAAAAAAGCUUUUAUGCGUACUAGAAACCUAUGCUCCUAUUUGUGUGUAAGGCCAAGCACACCUGUUGCCGCAAUGCUUCUGAUUUGGCCGGCUUGUUGACCGCGUGUUUGGUAUUGGCCACUUGGCAGGAACCUUUCUCUGCCAAGAAGAGUUCUUAAAAGUGUAUUUUGAAUGACAGGCAAAUUAAUAUUGUGCGACCGAAGGAAACUUCAAAUAUGAAUACAGGAGACCAUAAAGAGAAAGCCUCUCAACAUCAGCAACAAACGCAACAAUUACAACAACAGCAGCAACCCCAGCAACAGCAGCAACCACAGCAACAGCAGCAACAAUUGCCGCAGCAUCCAGACCAACAACAGCAACCAAUUAACAGAUACGAUGCCUUGGACAAUUCUAGUUCGAAUAAUAAAUUAAAUCGUAAAUACAAUAACGAUAAGGAUAAAUCUAGCGAUAGGAAUCGGGAACCGAGCAGGGAUUCGUCGCUGCUGCCCGCCAGUGUUGUCAUAAUCGAUGAAUCAUGCCCUGUGAAGAGCCAGAAAUCACCGACCGGCAUCGAGCCGAGUUCGUCUAUUAUUCCAAGAGGUGGAACCUCCUCGUCGCAACGACGCCGGCAAUUGCAAUUCCAGAGACAAAAGGAGGCCACGCUUUAUGACCGUGGAGAUGAGGCGACUGCCGCGUCCUCGUCCUCUGCCCCGCCCCCAGCCACUGGCUCCAGCUCCAGCCAGAGUGUAAAAGGAGGCGGGGAGCUGGUGAAUUGUAUAGCCUACGAUGACAACACCCUGGUUAUCGAGCGCAAGACCUCGCCCACUUCCCCCGCCACCUCGCGACGCUAUUUAAAGGCGGACACCCCCACGCGUGGCAGUCGGAAGUACAACCGCAAAUCUUCGGCGGCCAAAAGCGAUUUGGAGGUGGUCAUGGUCAAGCCGGAGCACCAUAACCAGCACCGGUCUCCGACGAUAACGCUGCCGGUGCCCACAACACCACUGACCACAUCGGCAUCGGCGGGUACUUCUCCAACCGGAGCGGCGCUGGGUUCAGGACUUGGAUCGGUGUCGGGAUCAGAAACGGGAACAGGAACGGUCCUGCAACAAAGUUGCAGUGCCCUUGACCAGCCGGAGAACGCCGGCCAGGCCACCACCUCCAGGAGGCGACCCACCAGCACCGAGCUCGCCCUCAGCAACGUCACCAGUCAGAUUGUAAACAACGCCACAUACAAGCUUGACUUAAAACAGCGCCGACGAAGGAGCAACAACGGGGCAAGUGACCUAGUAGCAGGAAUAGCCUCAGGAUCCGGGUCUGUUUCCGGGUCAGGCACGAGUCCGGGCCAGUCGGCGGCACCUUCGAACGGCGGAAGCCGGCGACGCAAGUCAAGUUGUACGAGCUGCGGGGGCGGGGGCAUUAGUGCACCGGCACCCAGGCUAACGCCUGAGGAAGCGUGGCAGUUGCAGCCACAAAAUAGUGUGACAAGUGCUGGCAGCACCAACAGCAGCUUUAGUAGCGGCGGAGGACGCGACGACGAGAGCAGCUACAGUGCCGUUGGUGGCGACAGCAGCAGCAGCAACAGUUGCAACUGCGAUAUCACCGGCGACAAUAGUACGUUGCAUGGUUUCGGGGUCGGUGACGUCAGCAGCUUCAUUGGAGACGACGAGUGUGACGAGGACGAGAACGACGCUAACCACCCAGAUCUCAGUUCGCAGACUCUGCGCACCGCAGCCAUCGUUGCGGCAGUUGCGGCCGCGGCCAAAGAGCAACAGGACCAGCAGGAUCAGUCCCUGUCGUUGGGGGCAGCGGCCACCGACUGCGAGAGCUUCAGCGACCGACGGCAGGAGGCCGAUGAGGGCGUACGGAUCAUCCAAGAAAGUGGUGGGAACAACGACUCACUCGAGGACGUCGGCGAGGUCGAUGACAACGCCGAUGUUGUGGUGAGAAAGAAUUCGCGCAACCGACCCUCGAUCAGGAGGACAUGUAGGAUUACAGAAGAGGACGACGACGAGUUUUACGAGGAAGAUCAAGACCAGCAGGGCGACGACGACGAGGAGCCCGAGGGCUCCACCAUAGACAUUGAUGAACAGGGUCAGCAAGAACAAGACGACGACCCCGAGGACGACGAGGACGUGGAUGAGUACUUUGAGGAGGAAGAGGACGACACUCAGGCCUUCUCACCCUUCUACUCAAGUUCGGCAGAGUUGAUAGAUAAUUUUGGCGGCGGUGCGGGCAAAUUCUUCAACAUAAUGGACUUUGAGCGUGGUGCCUCCGGCGGUGGCAGCUUCUCCCCAGGUGGCAAUGGACCCGGAAGCGGAGAAAACUCGGCCCGGUACGAUGGCGGCGAGGGGGAAUUGGGCGGCGGGAACAACAUAAUGGGAAUCGACUCCAUGGGCAUUGCAAACAUUCCGGAAACUAUGAACGGCACCACCAUUGGACCCAGUGGUGCGGGUGGCCAAAAAGCUGCCCCUGGUGCCGGCGGCCAAAAGCGUCCUCAACGGCGGGGCAAACCGCAACCGGAUCGUCCACAGCGAGCCCUUUUCUGCCUGACCGUCAAGAAUCCUUUGCGAGCGCUUUGCAUUCGCAUUGUGGAGUGGAAACCAUUUGAGUUCCUUAUUUUGUUAACCAUAUUUGCCAAUUGUGUUGCCUUGGCCGUUUAUACGCCUUAUCCGGGCAGUGAUUCAAAUGUUACGAAUCAAACCUUGGAAAAAGUUGAAUAUGUAUUCCUAGUUAUAUUCACAGCGGAAUGUGUUAUGAAAAUUUUAGCAUAUGGUUUUAUGUUACAUAAUGGUGCAUAUCUAAGAAAUGGAUGGAAUUUAUUAGAUUUUACAAUUGUAGUUAUAGGAGCAAUAAGUACAGCACUUUCUCAUUUGAUGAAGGAUGCCUUCGAUGUGAAGGCCCUCCGUGCCUUUCGAGUGCUGCGUCCACUACGACUUGUAUCGGGUGUACCAAGUCUACAGGUUGUGCUUAAUUCAAUUUUAAAGGCCAUGGUGCCAUUGUUUCACAUUGCACUCCUGGUCAUAUUCGUUAUUAUUAUUUAUGCGAUCAUCGGCCUAGAGCUCUUCUCAGGCAAACUGCACAAGGCAUGUCGCGAUGAGAUCACAGGUGAAUAUGAAGAUGACAUUCGACCCUGCGGGGUAGGCCGCGCCUGCCCAGACGGGAUGAAGUGCUACGGUGGCUGGGAGGGACCCAACGACGGUAUCACGAACUUCGACAACUUCGGCCUAGCCAUGUUGACGGUGUUUCAGUGCGUCACUUUAGAGGGCUGGACUGAUGUGCUCUAUAGCAUCCAAGAUUCCAUGGGCAGCGACUGGCAGUGGAUGUACUUUAUUUCGAUGGUUAUCCUGGGUGCCUUUUUUGUGAUGAAUCUCAUUCUCGGUGUGUUGUCCGGUGAGUUCUCCAAGGAGCGUAACAAGGCCAAGAAUCGCGGCGACUUUCAAAAGCUGCGCGAGAAGCAACAGAUCGAGGAGGACCUUCGGGGCUAUCUCGAUUGGAUUACCCAAGCAGAGGACAUAGAACCUGAUGCCGUGGGUGGUCUGAUACCUGAUGGAAAGGUCAAGCAGUUGAAUGAAAUGGAUUCCACCGAGAACCUGGGGGAAGAGAUGCCCGAGAUCCAGCUGACAGAGUCCCGAUGGCGCAAAAUGAAAAAGGAUUUCGAUCGGGUUAACCGCCGAAUGCGGCGAGCGUGUCGAAAAGCUGUCAAGUCGCAGGCCUUUUACUGGCUCAUUAUUGUCCUGGUUUUCCUUAACACCGGUGUCUUGGCCACAGAGCAUUAUAGGCAGGUGGAUUGGUUGGACAAUUUUCAAGAAUACACGAACGUAGUCUUCAUCGGUCUCUUCACCUGUGAAAUGUUACUGAAAAUGUACAGUCUGGGCUUUCAGGGCUACUUUGUAUCCCUGUUCAAUCGCUUUGAUUGUUUUGUGGUGAUUGGCAGCAUUACAGAAACACUUUUGACAAAUACAGGAAUGAUGCCGCCCCUGGGCGUGUCCGUGCUGCGUUGUGUGCGUCUUCUGCGUGUCUUCAAAGUUACCAAAUACUGGAGGUCCCUUUCAAAUCUCGUCGCUUCCCUAUUGAACUCUAUACAAUCAAUUGCUUCGCUUUUGUUACUGCUCUUCCUAUUUAUUGUGAUAUUUGCUCUACUGGGCAUGCAAGUCUUCGGCGGUAAAUUUAAUUUUAACGGCAAGGAGGAGAAGUAUCGGAUGAACUUUGACUGCUUUUGGCAGGCUUUGCUCACAGUCUUUCAGAUCAUGACUGGUGAGGAUUGGAAUGCUGUGAUGUAUACCGGCAUCAAUGCCUAUGGUGGAGUUUCUUCUUACGGUGCUCUGGCCUGUAUUUACUUUAUAAUUUUAUUCAUUUGCGGCAAUUACAUUCUUUUGAAUGUGUUCUUGGCCAUUGCUGUGGAUAAUUUGGCUGACGCGGACUCACUAUCGGAGGUGGAAAAGGAUGAGGAACCACACGAUGACUCCGCUUUUAAGAAAUCCCAUAGCCCCACUCCAACCAUUGAUGGCGAGGAUCAUCUGAGCAUCGACAUAGACAUGGAGCCCCAUGAGUUGGAUGACGAGGAGAAGAUGGAUCAUGAGACCCUUUCCGACGAAGAAGUUCGUGAAAUGUGCGAGGAGGAACAAGAAGUGGAUGAAGAAGGCAUGAUUACAGCACGACCCCGACGUAUGUCCGAGGUUAAUACGGCAACGAAAAUUCAACCUAUACCACCGGGCACAUCAUUUUUUCUUUUCUCACAAACGAACAGAUUCCGAGUCUUCUGUCAUUGGCUUUGUAACCACAGCAAUUUUGGCAACAUUAUCCUGUGUUGCAUCAUGUUCUCAUCGGCCAUGUUGGCGGCAGAAAAUCCUUUAAGAUCCGACGACGAUUUAAACAAAGUGCUCAAUAAGUUUGAUUAUUUUUUCACGGCAGUUUUCACAAUAGAACUGAUUCUGAAAUUGAUUGCAUAUGGCUUCGUUUUACACGACGGAGCCUUUUGCAGAUCCGCAUUUAAUCUAUUAGAUUUACUUGUGGUCUGCGUAUCUUUGGUAUCACUAGUGUUCAGUUCGAAUGCGAUCUCAGUCGUGAAAAUUCUACGUGUGCUCCGUGUUUUAAGGCCACUCAGAGCUAUUAAUCGUGCCAAGGGUCUCAAGCAUGUUGUUCAAUGUGUCAUAGUCGCAGUUAAGACUAUUGGAAAUAUUGUACUCGUCACAUGCCUACUGCAAUUCAUGUUUGCCGUGAUAGGAGUCCAAUUGUUUAAGUAUGUGGUCAAGUGCGUUGUAGUCGCAAUAAAAACCAUUGGUAAUAUCAUGUUGGUAACAUAUUUGUUGCAAUUCAUGUUUGCUGUUAUUGGAGUACAGCUCUUUAAGGGAAAGUUUUUUACGUGCUCUGAUGGUUCCAAAAUGACCGAGAGCGAAUGCUAUGGCACAUACUUGGUCUAUGAUGAUGGCGAUAUUCACAAGCCACGGUUAAAGGAGAGAGUAUGGAAAAAUUAUGGUUUUCAUUUUGACGAUGUGGCUAAGGGGAUGCUAACCCUGUUUACGGUCUCCACCUUCGAGGGUUGGCCAGGAUUGCUGUAUGCCUCAAUUGAUUCGAACAAGGAGAAUGGCGGUCCAAUACACAACUUCCGUCCGAUCGUAGCUGCCUACUAUAUAAUCUAUAUUAUCAUUAUCGCCUUCUUCAUGGUGAACAUAUUCGUCGGUUUCGUGAUUGUCACUUUCCAAAACGAGGGUGAACAGGAAUACAAAAAUUGUGAUCUGGACAAGAACCAGCGUAAUUGCAUAGAGUUUGCCUUAAAAGCGAAGCCCGUACGUCGAUAUAUACCCAAACAUGGUAUACAAUAUAAAGUCUGGUGGUUUGUCACAUCGUCGUCUUUUGAGUAUACAGUCUUUGUAUUAAUUAUGAUAAACACUGUGACUUUGGCUAUGAAGUUUUACAAUCAACCCCAGUGGUAUACAGAGCUUUUAGAUGCCUUGAAUAUGAUUUUUACGGCAGUAUUUGCAUUGGAAUUUGUCUUUAAGCUGGCCGCUUUUCGAUUUAAAAACUAUUUUGGUGAUGCCUGGAACGUGUUCGACUUCAUCAUUGUAUUGGGCAGCUUUAUAGAUAUCGUGUACUCUGAAAUUAAAAGCAAAGAUACUUCUCAGGCAUCCUGUGAUAUUGUAGAAGGCUGUAAAUCUAGAGCAAAAGCUGCCGGUUCAAAUUUGAUAUCCAUAAACUUUUUCCGUCUGUUUCGUGUGAUGCGCCUUGUUAAACUUCUAAGCAAAGGCGAAGGCAUUCGAACCUUACUUUGGACCUUCAUAAAAUCCUUUCAGGCUCUGCCUUAUGUAGCUUUGCUCAUAGUACUUCUAUUUUUCAUCUACGCUGUGGUCGGAAUGCAAGUUUUUGGAAAAAUUGCUUUGGAUGGUGGAGGUGCCAUCACUAGCAACAAUAACUUCCAGACCUUCCAGCAGGCAGUACUCGUGCUGUUCCGUUCGGCCACCGGCGAAGCCUGGCAGGACAUUAUGAUGUCCUGCUCUGCCCAACCGGAUGUAAAAUGCGAUUCACGGUCAGAUUCGAAGGGUGAACUCUGCGGCUCUUCUAUUGCCUAUCCGUACUUCAUUUCCUUCUACGUCCUCUGCUCCUUUUUGAUCAUUAAUCUAUUUGUUGCCGUCAUUAUGGACAACUUUGACUACUUGACGCGAGAUUGGUCCAUCCUGGGACCGCAUCACCUGGACGAGUUCAUUCGUCUGUGGAGCGAGUACGAUCCGGAUGCCAAGGGUCGCAUCAAGCAUCUAGAUGUGGUGACCUUGCUGAGAAAGAUAUCACCGCCCCUGGGAUUUGGAAAGCUAUGUCCCCAUCGAAUGGCCUGCAAGCGCCUGGUGUCCAUGAACAUGCCGCUCAACUCCGACGGAACGGUCCUCUUCAAUGCCACUCUUUUCGCAGUGGUUCGGACCUCCCUAAGCAUCAAAACUGAUGGUAACAUCGAUGAUGCGAAUGCGGAACUGCGCGCCACCAUCAAACAGAUCUGGAAGAGGACCAAUCCUAAGCUACUGGACCAGGUCGUUCCGCCACCCGGCAAUGAUGACGAAGUGACAGUAGGAAAGUUUUAUGCCACCUACCUGAUCCAGGACUAUUUCCGGCGCUUCAAGAAGCGCAAGGAACAGGAAGGCAAGGAGGGUCAUCCCGACAGCAACACUGUCACACUGCAGGCCGGUCUGCGGACCCUGCACGAGGUCUCCCCGGCACUCAAGAGGGCCAUUUCUGGUAAUCUUGACGAGCUGGACCAGGAACCAGAGCCCAUGCAUCGGCGCCAUCACACUCUUUUUGGAAGUGUGUGGUCCUCAAUCCGCCGGCAUGGUAAUGGAACCUUCCGACGCAGCGCCAAAGCCACCUCCUCUCAAAGCAACGGCGCUCUGACGCUAGGCGGAUCCGCCUCAGGGGUCGCCGGUGUGGGUGGCAGCUCCUUGGUGCUGGGUAGUGCGGAUCCGGCCGGGGGGGACUACCUUUACGACAACCUGAACCGGAGCGUGGCCGACGGGGUCAACCACAUAACCCGGAACAUCAUGCAGGCCCGCCUGGCAGCAGCAGGAAAGCUGCAGGAUGAGCUCCAUGUGGCUGGCAGCGGCGGAGAGCUGAGGACCUUUGGCGAAAGCAUCUCCAUGCGGCCUCUGGCCAAAAACGGUGGUGCAGGCGGAGGUGGAGUGGUUGCGGCCACGGUAGCCGGAACGCUGCCUCCAGAGGCGAAUGCGAUAUCUUAUGACAACCGCAAUCGUGGUAUUUUAUUGCAUCCAUAUAACAAUGUCUACGCACCCAAUGGUGCUCUUCCUGGCCACGAACGCAUGAUCCAAUCGACACCAGCUAGUCCUUACGAUCAGCGUCGUUUACCAACUUCAUAUGAAAUGAACGGCCUAGCCGAGUCAUUGAUUGGAGGGGUACUCGCCGCUGAGGGAUUGGGUAAAUACUGUGACUCCGAGUUUGUGGGGACGGCAGCCCGCGAGAUGCAGGAGGCCCUCGAUAUGACACCCGAGGAAAUGAAUCUGGCCGCCCACCAGAUCCUCUCGCAUGAGCAUUCGCUGAGUCUGAUCGGCAGUAGCAAUGGUAGUAUCUUUGGGGGAUCAGCCAGUGGCCUGGGAGCCUUGAGUGGUGGCGGGGGCGGAAGUAGCAGCAUUCGGAAUGCCUUUGGUGGAAGCGGAAGUGGACCAUCCUCGUUGUCGCCCCAGCAUCAACCGUAUUCUGGAACAUUGCAAUCGCCACCGAUACCCGACAAUCGUCUCAGACGGGUUGCCACUGUCACAACCUCAAACAAUAAUCAUAAGUCCCCAAAUAGCCAAAACAAAACGAGUAAUUUAAAUAGCAGCCAAAUGACCAUGUCGCCCACAAUGCAACAGCAACAGCCACCACAAAAAUCGCCACCGCGAGGUCAAGGAAACCACACCUUUUCCUCUUAGCAUCCACAUUGUAAUCUACACAUACGAAAUGUCUUCUUCAUGGAAUUUUAAACGUACAUUUACUAGAAUCAGUUCAGCGUCAACUGAUUGUGUCCUUUUGUAUAAUUUUUAGCGAACAAAAAACAACACUUUAGUCUUAGCAACGAGAAUUGAUAUAUUUGGAUGAUGGUGUAGAGGAAUUUGUAAAACUUGUAAAAAGUAAUCAACAUACUGUACAUUUAUAAUAAUUACACAGGCCGACAAUUUCCAACUUUUUUUUUCCUCCACGCAUAAUUUUACCUGCUCCAUAAUCUUUAGGCUCCCCUGAACCAAAGUCCAGAACAAACAUAGGUUCUAUCACCCACCGUUUCCGCGGUACACGUAAGAGAAGAAAUUUAUCAAAUUUUACCAUAUAUUGAAUUAUGUAGGCCGUGUAAUGGCUAUGACCAUCAUUGUUUCCAGUACAUUUCAUUUUUUAAAUGUAUGUGUACCAACUAAAAUUAAAUAAUGGUAUCUAGCAGUUACCAUAUCUUUGGAAUACUCAUCAAAAGUUGAAAUCUCAGAUUUUCUACGUUAAUUUUUUCUCUUCUAUGAUUUUUCCCCAAACAUUUUUCUAUGGAAGAUUUUUAUUUCCUUAUUGAAAUCAGUAGAUCAUACCAUGUUUUAAUUUUGGAUUUAAGGAAAAACUCGAAAUAAUUUUAUUGAAUUUAAUAUAGGCGGUUCAACAAUAUUUUCUUCAAUUAAAUUGGAGUUUUUAAUCUCAUAUUUUCAAAAAGUCAUGGCUAUCUACAACUGUAGAUAAAGCUUUACUAAACAAGCUGAACCUGCAAUAGAUACGUUUUGAAUAUAGAAACAGUUGUAGAUAGCCAUGACUUUUUGAAAAUAUGAGAUUAAAAACUCCAAUUUAAUUGAAGAAAAUAUUGUUGAACCACCUAUAUUAAAUUCAAUAAAAUUAUUUCGAGUUUUUCCUUAAAUCCAAAAUUAAAACAUGGUAUGAUCUACUGAUUUCAAUAAGAAAAUAAAAAUCUUCCAUAGAAAAAUGUUUGGGGAAAAAUCAUAGAAGACCAAAACUUAACGUAGAAAAUCUGAGAUUUCAACUUUUGAUGAGUAUUCCAAAGAUAUGGUAACUGCUAGAUACCAUUUUUUAAUUUUAGUUGGUACACAUACAUUUCAAAAAUGAAAUGUACUGGAAACAAUGAUGGUCGUAGCCAUUUCACGGCCUACAUAAUUCAAUAUAUGGUAAAAUUUGAUCAAUUUCUUCUCUUAGGUGUACCGCGGAAACGAUGGGUGAUAGAACCUAUGUUUGUUCUGGACUUUGGUUCAGGGGAGCCUAAAGGUUAUGGAGCAGGUAAAAUUAUGCGUGGAGAUUUUUUGCUGUUGGCCUGUGUUAUUGUGUUUAUUUGAUUUUUGAAAAGUCUAUCGUUGGCUUAUCGCCCUUAAACGAGCUACAAACUAAAAAAAAAACAAAAUAUGUAGCUAAAAAUCAUAAUUUUUAUUGUAAACAACAGAAAAAAUGUAUAUUUUUUAAAGCAAACUAAAGUUUAAUAUCCCAACUGAUAACGCCUAAAUUUCAUUAGUAAUGGACCUAAAAACAAUUACAAAAAUAAAGAUUAAAAAUAAAUAAGCAACCACAAAAACAUAAUUGAUUAGGUAUUAAUAUUCAAUAAAAAACAUAAAUUAAUAUACAACAACAUUGUACUUACAUUAUUGAACGACAAUGUAACUACAUAUUUCGAUUUAGACGCAUUUUAUUUUUUAAGUAUUUAAUAUUUGAAAUCUAAUGAAUGGAUUUGUUUUCUUAACACGACAAACAAAUAUUAAAAUGUAUAAAAUUAAUAGCAAAAUUUCAAGAAACGGGAAACCCUUUAACAAUGUAAGAAAACUGAAUUUUAAUUGUUAUGAUUGAAUUUUAUAAAUAAAGUCAGACAAAUUUGAGCAACUUAA